AUGCUGCUCUCGCAUGUGCAUCAGGCCAUCACCGCGGCACCAGAGAUCGCUACUACACUCGAUUUUGAGGUUAUCAUCAAGUUUGCGGACCUCGUCUGUUGGAUGAAGGACGAGAUUAGUUCGGUCCAGCCGCCCCAUACUGACUGUGACGUCUCGCGUCUCGCGUCCCUCGUCCCCGGGACGAAUGUCCCCGUGGUUCCGACUUUCUGUAAUUUUCUCAUGAGUGCACUCGGUAUCACGGACGAAUUGACCAAGAUCUUAUGGGCCUCGCUCAAGGAUGUGGCAUGGAAUCUCCAACUCGGCCACGAGAGUGCGGUUAAGCGCCGUGUUCAGGCCCUGGUCGAACUCUUUCUCCAGCACGGCUAUCCACAUAAUAUAAUGCUGUAUCACUUCCGGCCACCUACCCGCACAUGUCUUGAUCCCCAAUGCGCGCAUUCAGCGCGGGGCACCGAUCACACCCAACUACAGGCGCAUGAACUCGGCGAGCCAUCCAGCUUCAAUGCCACGGCUUUCACGAGGGCAUUGGGGCCCAUUCCGGCUCGCUCUACAUCAUUCUACUGCCGCCGCUGCCAUACUCGCUAUUAUCCGAAUUACUACGUCCAUGCUCAAGCUACGACCCGGACCUACUAUCAUAAACAAACACCGAAGUUCCUCCAGAUUGCGGAGCACUUCUUCGUCGAGGACGAAGUCUGUGAGAUGUUUGCCAGCCUCAUGUGCGUCUCAUGGUAA